AUGCAUUAAUAAAUCAAAAGCACUAAAAAAUCCUUUAAACUCAUGCUAUGCUUUGGAAUAAGGUUGGCAGCAUUGUGGAGUCAAGAGGGCGUGUAACUAAAACGCAUCAGAUGGAGCUGCAAAACAACCACAUUUUUUAUUAAUUAACUGACCUGACAAUCUGACUGGGACCUUAAGACAUUUUGAAGAAUUGAAGUAGCAAGACAGAGAAAGAGAUGUAGGGGAAACUCAGAUCUGACAGUUUCUGGUUCCUGCACACAUGUUAGACUCGAGCCCUCAUUGCAGCCAGAUGGAUCCUAAUGAGGACCGGGCCCAGACAGCACGCAGUCGUCUCUCCGUGUCAUGUUGUGGCUCAUUCAGUCUAAAUGGGGGGGGGGGUGCUGCGUUCACUGUGCCCCCCGAGCAGACGCACGUCAGUGAUCUGUGAUUGUGUGUCGUCGUGCGACGGAGAGAGAGUGAGCUGUGAAAAGAGUAAAGCCCCCUCCCCUCCUCUCCACUGAGCAGGUGGUGAGCAGAUUGUGCUUAAAAACCUCCGCCCCUUUCUCCCUCCUCAGGCUGGGUCUGCCCCCUCCACAUCCCCCAACACCGACUUGCAAUCUGAGCCGGCACACCAGAGGCCUGUAGCCCCUGUAGAGUUGAGAAUAAGAUGCAUUCACACCUUCAAAUUAACAAAUGACAGCGUACAUGGCCAAACACUCCUGUCCACGAAUUCUGGCUGACUUUAAUAGCUUUUGCUACUCAUUUUCAGUUCCAAUUUAUGGAAAAUAAAUCUUUAAUCUUGAUUUUUGAACAAUAGUGUACUUCCAACUUUGUGGUGAGUGUUUUGGACAAUGCCCCACUGCACAAAGACACUGUUUUCCUAGUUUAAUAUGAAACCAACAUUGUCCAACACCUUUGGGAUAAGUUGGUUGGUCUACUUUUCUAUGGCUUUGUGUAUCUGCUUGGAAGGAAAGCCCAUGUUCCAAAAUCUUGUGGAAAGGCUUCCUCAGAACGAUGGAGGCAGUCGUGUCAGCACAUUAACGCCCACAAUUUAAGAAUGAGAUGUUCAACAGUCACAUACGCACGUAAUGUUCUGGUUUUCCACACACUUCUCCGCAUAAGUGUAAUGUAAUGAGAGACUUGAUGAGCUGGAAAAGUCUAGAGACCUUGAUGUGAUUUUGCAAGUGUGCUGUCGAUGCCAUUGAGCUCUGCUUUGUUAAGACUUUAUUGAACCAUGAUUCGGUCUCCGGUCCGUGUGGAUUAUUGGAGGGCUUACCGACGGCACCUGUGACCUGCAGGAAAUGGAGGCAUCGCAAAUACACCACAGGUGGUCUUUGAUGUGUUGAUGGAAAACUACGGGGGUAGUAUAACAUGGAUAUAUGAAUAUAAAAAGCAAAAUAAGCUGCUUUCAGACAUGCACUUAAAUCCGGAUAAUUUCCUGAACUUUUCCAGAGGGGCUGUAUGUGAGGGUGGGCGUUCCACCUAGACGCCAUCCCUCGCCUGAAUGAUCCGGCAUUUUUUGCCCGCUAUUUUGAACGCGUCUGCCCCGGACAAACCUUCUUCUGCGUUUUUCACAAACUCUGGAAAAUGUCCGGGCCCAAUUUCCAAAAUUUCCAGGAUUCAGAGUCUGAAAACACAAGAGAUUAAUGUAAAUUAACUGCAUUUGUGGAUAUGACUGCCUCACUGUAUUAGCCAACACAAACACAACAGUGGCAGGGGAGUCCAAGGCCGCAGCCAGUGCAAGACAACAUCAGUUCCGAAACACUUUAUUCUUUUAUUCAUGGUAAUUGCAAGAUGUCGUUUUUUCUCCUCACAGUGUCUGGCAGUAGAUUAGGUGCAGAGGCUUGGAGGUCAGAGUAAGUCCACAUUUUAUUUAUGGUUCAUUUCUCUCGCAAAACAGGACCAUUUCUCUCUUUCUCUCUCUCUCAUUCCCGGCGACGGGUUGUGUAAUUUAUCUCGUCUCAACUGAAAGUUUGACGAUGGGAGGGCUCUUCAGAGGCUGUCGUUCAAAUGCUUUAUGGUGUUGAUUAGGAUUUGGUACAGCUGGAAAUUAGGGUCCAACCCCUUUGAAACAUAUUUAAUUAUAAAGAUGUUUGUUUUUUUAUGAGGACAUAGAUCCGGCUUCAUGUCAGCAUGAGGAAGCACUUGCUAAGUGAUAUUGGAAAGAGGUUUAGAGGAUGGUAAAGGUGAGUGGUGGAGGCAGACGCUGUGUUGCAUGUCAUCCCCCUCUCCAAUGUGUUAGCUAUGGAUGGAUCUGUGGAUGUCAGUCCAGACUGAAGCAUGUCAUCAGCCAUUGGAUUUAAUCAUUUAAUUAAAAGCGGUUUGAUAUUUUUUUUUUUUCUUAAUUAACAAUGUUUGAAAGCUUUUGGCUGGAUUACCUUGAAAUUUGCGUCAGUUAUCCAAGGCAAUCAGGAGAAUGAUUCUUAUUGACUUUGGUGAAGUUUAUUCUAACAUCGAGCUGAAGGUAUUGGUACAAAGACACUUGUGUUCCCAGACAAUAGAGCCUGGUGACUUUGGUCUUCUCUCCUGUGUAGUUGGUUACGCCAGCAACCUAGUGGCGCAUGGCGCAGCUACAACGGAAGCUGAUUUAAUCAAAAUAUUGUGAGCGAGUAAUCAUAGAUUGAUUGAAUCAGGCUUUAUUGCGAGUUAUCGAUCUUCUGACUUGCAAUUGAAUUGUUUGGUCUGAGUCACCUCAGGGAUGAUCUCUGCAUCUCUCUCUCAAACACACACAGAUAGCUCAGCUGUUGCAGUUUUUUCUGGUGCAGCGAGCAGAUUAGCUGACCUGGUCUACUGUAGCUUUUACCUCUCUCAGCUUUCCCCUGUUUUGUCUGCUUGCCUGACUCAAACUCAAGCACAUUUCAUCUCAUCAACGGCCUGCGGCUCCAGCACUGACUUCAGCAUCUGUAAUCAUAAUAGUCUCACUGGGCACAUGAGAGAGAUUUCACCCAUGCUGCCAGCGGGAGGCACAACACUGCUUCCCAAGCCAAACGUCAGUUUGUAAUCUGCUGCGUUGGCUUGGAAGCCUGAUGCAGGGAUGAGGAGGAGAGAAAUGAGCAGAGGAUUAGAACGAUUUUCCGCAGAAUGUGCUGGAGGAGAAAUGGACGCCACGGGACGCCUCUGAGCACGGUGGUUUACGAGGAGGAAUAAAACCCAUGGAGUCUCGUGGUUAAACUGCUGAGUCAUGUGGUGACGUUUGUCCAUCUGCUGUGUGAGAACCACGCCACAGCAUCCUUCGGCGUCCUGCACUCUUCCUAAGGUGGAGAGGAGGAGUGACACUGUUGGCAUUAGCAGCCGGCAGUGAUCAAAAGUGAAGGACUCGUCUGACGCAAGAGGGGAAGCAGCUCGAUGAGCCGAUAAAGGUAUGGUCCAGUGCUGAUGGCGCACUCUGAGCUGUUUGUGACGAGAGCGCCCCCGGUGGAGGGGAGCGCUGUGGAGCUCAGUGUCCUGAGCUUCCUGGAAACCUUCGGGGAAGAAAACAGCACGGCCGAGAGAUGCUACCGCUCCCACUCCCGCAGCAGUGUCCUCCAGGGCCUGCCGUUUGGUGGGGUGCCCACGGUCCUCGCCAUCAAUGUGGUGCUCUGGAUGUUCUUGUUGCUCAUCUUCUCCUGUCUGAGGAAGGCUGCGUGGGACUACGGCCGCCUGGCUCUGCUGAUGGAAAAUGACAGUCUCUCAUCCCUGUUUUAUGGAGAACCAAGCGAGAAGGAGAAAUCUCCCUCAGAGUCCAGCCCCUCAGACUCCGAGACCAAGGACAUGGGCUUCUGCUCGUGGCUCUCAUCUCUUUACCAUAUGAAGGACGAGGAGAUCCGUAGUAAAUGUGGCAUCGAUGCCGUCACAUACCUGUCCUUCCAGCGCCACAUUAUCCUGCUCAUGACGGUGGUUUGCUUGCUGUCUUUGGCCGUCAUCCUGCCGGUCAACUUUUCCGGGAACCUCCUGGGAGACAGUCCCGAAAACUUUGGAAGAACAACUCUGGCCAAUGUUAGCGCAAAGGACAGCUUCCUGUGGCUCCACAGCAUCUUUGCCCUGGUUUACUUCAUCAUCACGCUGCUGGGCAUGGUUCACCACUCGAUAAGGCUGGAGUACAGAGAAGACGAGAAGGUAGCCAGGACACUGAUGAUCACCUCCAUACCCAGAGAGAUCUCCGACCCAGGACUCAUCACCAAACAUUUACAUGAGGCCUACCCCAGCUGCACUGUCACCGACAUCCGCUUCUGCUUCGAUGUCCACAAGCUGAUGAGGCUGGACCUUGAGAGGCGCAAAGCGAUGAAGGGCAGGCUGUAUUUUGCCACGAAAGCGCAAAAGGAGGGGAAGAUCAUGAUCAAGACCCAUCCGUGCGCUCAGAUAUUCUGCUGCGACAUUUGCGGCUUUGAGAAGGUGGACGCAGAGCAGUACUACAGUGAGUUAGAGGAGAAGCGGACGGACGAGUUCAAUGCCGAGAAGAAUCGCAUCUCCAUGAAGCGGCUGGGCAUCGCCUUCGUGACUUUUCGUGAUGAGAGGAUGACUGCAGUGAUUGUGAAGGACUACAGUCGCGUGCGCUGCCGUCGCAGACCCCAGCAGUCCAGCAUCACCACUGUGCUGCAGUCUCACAACUGGGGGGUCGGAUAUGCACCUGCUCCCAGUGACAUCAUCUGGGAAAACCUGUCGGUGUGCGGAUCUCGCUGGUGGCUCCGCUGUGUCCUCCUCAACAUCCUCCUCUUCCUGCUGCUGUUCUUCCUCACCACUCCCGCCAUCAUCGUCAACACCAUGGACAAGUUCAACGUCACCAAGCCCAUGGAGAGCCUGCGGAGCCCUGUCAUUACCCAGUUCUUCCCAACCCUCCUGCUGUGGGCGUUUUCGGUGCUUCUGCCCUUCAUCGUCUACUACUCAGCCUUCUUCGAGUCCCACUGGACCAGAUCUGGUGAGAACCAAGUAACGAUGCACAAGUGCUUUUUACUGCUGGUCUUCAUGGUCAUCGUACUGCCCUCACUUGGUCUUUCCAGUCUGGACCUGUUCUUCACCUGGCUCUUUGACGUCAACUUCCUGGAUGAGAAGGAAGUCAAAUUCCAGUGUGUGUUUCUUCCUGACAACGGAGCCUUCUUCGUAAACUAUGUGAUUACGUCCAGCCUGAUUGGCACAUCCAUGGAGCUGCUUCGCAUCCCGGCGCUGACGGUGUACGCCCUCCGCCUCUGCUUCGCAAAGUCCCAGGCCGAGCGGAUUCAUGUCAAGCGGAGUCAGGCCUACGAGUUCCAGUUUGGCCUGGAGUACGCCUGGACCAUGUGCAUCUUUGCAGUCACCAUGACCUACAGCAUCACAUGUCCCAUCAUUACGCCCUUUGGUCUCCUCUAUGUGAUCCUGAAGCACAUGGUUGACCGAUACAACAUCUACUAUGCAUACGUCCCCACCAAACUCAACCAGCGGAUCCACAGAGCAGCCAUCAGCCAGGUCAUCCUGGCUCCUCUCCUCUGCAUGUUCUGGCUGCUCUUCUUCUCCGUGCUCAAAUUAGGUGCAGUGCAUCCGAUCACCCUCUUCACCCUGGUGUCCCUGCUCUCCUGUAUCACCUUUUCGCUCUUCCGCUUGUGCCUUAGGAAGCGACCCGACAAGUCAAUGAGCUACCAGAUGUCUGAUCAGCCAGCAGAGGGGACAUUCACUGAUGCCGACAGGAGCACUGUAACAUCCACCACCGCCUCCAAUCUGUUCGUGGCGUCUGUACUCCUGGAGCCAGAGCUGGCUUUGACUCCGAUGCCCUCCCCGGCCCACCACAGCUACGGCGCCAUGGCCAGCUCCCAGGGUUCAAGCCACAACCCGGUGGAGGAAGAGGAGGGUGAGGAGGACCUUGCCCAGACCCAUGAGACUCAGCUCCAGGACCCUCCAGACCCCUACUGCUCCAGCCCGCUCAUGGACAGCCCUGUGGGCUACCAGUAAAACCAACCCCCCCUCAAGCUGAUUUUCACGUGUCCUUCGCCUGGGGAACACAGAUUGCUAAAUGCUGCGAUGCUGCGUUUUUGCCACUGACCUCAGUCUCUAACUUUGCUGCCUCACACCCUGAGAUUAGACUGGGCUUGUUAGGAAUGAUGCUGGAGCUUGAGAAUACAGGAGCAGGAUCCACAUAAACAUCACCAUAAAUGUUCACUCAGCAUUUGGCCAAAAACAUCUCUUGUGUAUGUCUAAUAGACAUGAAGUACACAUCAGUCUUGAUAGAACAGCGUUAAUGUACUUAUGUGGCUUCAUUUGCAAGUUAAAAGUUUAAAAGUGAUGAAAGUGACUGGAGUGGAACUGCCUUUAUCAGAGAAACUCUGUUCAUGCAGCGCCACUUGGACAUGAGCGGAGGUGAAAGUUCCCGUCGGCGUGGGUGGUGUGAGCAGGCUUGCCCCGGCAGACUGACAGAGUGGUCUGGGCACGGGUGAUGUGUGGUUCCUCGGCAGCAGGGCUCAGGGAGGCUGAGGGUGAGGGCCGCUAGUUGUGAAGCCAUCUGCAGCGAGAGAGCAGACAGACGGUGGGCCGAAUGUAAGUCGGAGAUGUACUGUAAUAAAUGUACAGUCUCUCCACGGAGGCACAAGCAGCUUGACUGCAGCUGAAGCUUAUUGUAACCAUCAUCGAUUUAAAGUUGCUAUUUUUGCUACUGUUUUUUGGGGUUUCAUUGAUUUUGUGCUUUGGGUCGGUGGCGCGGACCACACAAGAUUGACGAAGGUUUUGCAGAGUUGCCCCAGAUCAUUUAUACUUUACUUCCUCUCUUGUGUGUGUGUGUGUGUGGGGGGGGGGAGCUGUAGCCCAAAAUGAUCAGAUUUGUACCUUUUCAGUUGUAUAGACAUACCUUUCUGUAAGUAUAUAGUUGUUUGUUAUGUCACACACUACAAGACACUUUUUAAAAAUAUCUUAAGAGCCUGUUUAGUUAUUAAAGCCACCGUGACAAGUUCAAUACUAUGAAUUAUUUGCCACAUUUAGAAUAAAAUGUGGGCCUUUUUGUCUAGAAGCAGGUGAAAAGCCGUUUAGCUCCACUCCAAUUCAUCGAGGACUGCCUUGCAACCCCCUUUGCAGGCAAAUUCGUCUGCAACAAUGGGAUAAAUAGGAAGUGGACAGGGCUUUAAAGACGGGCUCUGAUUGCGCCAUCUUAAUCAAAGUAUUCCCUAAUUAUGCUGUCUUGACUGUGUAUGAUUGUAUUUUUAUUAAAACUGAUGAAUUUGAUUUAUUUUUUAAAUGAAUAGUUGAGCAUUUUGGGGAAUAAGCUAAUUUGUUUUCUUGCUCUGAGUUAGAUGAGAAGAUCAAUACCAGACUCACGUCUGUACAAUAUGUACAAAGCCACUGCCAGCAGAUACCUUAGUUUCGCUUAAAGACUGGAAACGGUGGAAGCGGUAAACCCAGACUACAGCCAGAGACAAUUAGUAACUUUGUGGAUUCCUGUUGACAUCGGCAGGAACUCUUAUGCUAAGUAAAUUAAGUUUUAAGUGAACUACCUGCUGUCAGUAGCUUCAUAUUUGACGGAUAUCUAUUCUUCCUCUCAUCUUCAUUUAACGCAAGAAAUCAAGUCUCAAAAAUCAGAUGCGCACCCUGGACUGAAACUUUCUCUCACUGCAGGACUGUAUUGAAAUGAAAAUCCAAUUCGACUAGUUAUGCGAAAUCUCAAAUGAACUAUCCCUCUGUAAAAAAUACUGAAUAUAUAUUAAGUAUUCUGUUACCAUUGUGUCUAAAAUUUAUAAUAUAUUCAUAUUCAUUUGUACAAUGUUCAAAUGUUUCUGUGCUAAAAUGUCCCAAUUACAUAUAGUAAAAAUUAACACUACAGCACCAUUAUUUCAUUGUUUCAUUUAUCUGUUCUGUGUGGCACUCCACUGCAUGUUAACUAUGUUGUAUAAAUUAUGUAUGCAUUUACAGUAUAUCCAUCAAGUCAAGUUUCAGAUGUGCUGAUCUCUUUGAUUUGCAGUCACCCUGUAGGUUUGCAAGUUUUGCAUUUUGGGGUUGUUUUUAUUUCCGCGUGGUCGGAUGAAAGGUUUUCUCAUGAAACUGGAUGUAUUUUUUGUUUGUUUUUGUUUUCAUGUCUCUUGCUGUGCCUUAAAGAAAAACUCCUGUGUGACAAUCCAGCAUGGCCUGAAAUAUGCUGCAUGGACUGAAAAUAUAAGAGCGAGGAAACAACCAAGACAUAAAAACACAACAACAGACCCAAGGUAGUGAUUCUCAUUUUCACUUACAGUCACUGGGUAUUUAAUUUUAUUAGUCAGCAGACAAACAGUGAAAUGAUUCUACUGAGACAUUAACAAAACUAUCUUCAUACGAGAGCUGCUUCCUACCUUUUUCUGAAGCUUGGAUCAUAUCACGCAGUCUUCACUUGAAGAUUAGUUAGCAACAUAUCUUUGGAUGUAGAGACUGAUCAUUAUUCUGUGCUCUUGAAGGAUGUUGUCCAUGAUGGUAUGAAUUUUUGAAAACAGUUUUCACUCGAGAUCCGCCUAAUUGCUUUUUCUGGAACUUUCAAGAAAUGAUCAUGAAUCUAAAAUUUGACCAACAUAUUGGGUUUCUAUGACAAACGUUAUCUGCUAAUAAAGACUGUGUGACAUGGUCGAAAGCUCUGUAACAGUUAAGUAAGUCGAUCUUGGGCAGAGACGUGUCACACUGCUGUUUCCAAGGUCAAGAAUGAACUGUUGAGCUCAACAAUAAGCUUACAUACUGUUUCUUUAUGUCACAGCAGUUUUGUGUCUUUUUUUAAAACUAUUUUUGUAUCGUGUCUUGUUGGUGCCUUUUCGAAUCAGCUGCUGUUUUCUUUUACCAUUGUAGGAUGCUCUGCUGUAUGUUGAGGAUAAAAAAAGACUGUUUAUUGAUUGUAGUUCCCUUGUCUUGUCUUUCAGUACAGUUGACAGACGGCGAACGGUGUUGUUGAUCAGUUCACAUCAAUCCUUUUUCAACAGAUGACAUACUGACGUUGGUCAGUAGUGGAUUUAAGUUUGUUUUGUGUUCAGUCUGAGAGCGUUUAUUAUAACUUUAAUCAUAUAAAAUCAAAUGCCUGCGAUGAUAAGUUUUUUUAAACUUAAAAAAAGUUUUUCUUUCAUAAAAUCGAUGACAUAUUAUUUCAUUUUAUAAGGAACCUAAUUCUAGUUCCUUGUGCUGUAUAAAACGGAUGAAAGCAUGCAGCAGAGAGGUUUAAAGUGGUCAGUGCAGAGAAUCAUGAAGUAAAAUCUAUUUGGAAAAAAAGAAAACAUCAAAGAGCAUCUCCUGUGGCUUUCUCUACCAGAAGCUUGUUUCACAGAUCAUUAAACGUAUUUUCCUUUGAAAAAAUGCAGAAUAAAGCUCAUUUGAGUAUUCUUAGCUCUGAUGUCCCUGUGAGGAGGUUGUCCAUUUUCGUGCUCAGUUUUAUUGUAUCCUGUCACGUCUGUUCAUAUACUGUCGGCUCGGCCAUCCGAGGUCGGUGUGGACAUUGGCUUUCCAGAUGUGUCCAAUUGUUUUUGCUCUUAAUGUGUGUCUCAUGUAUAAGUACGUGAUUUCGUAAUCUGAGCCUGCUGCAAAUGUGGGUUGUUAGAUCUCCGGGAGAGUCAAGGAACUGUCUGCAUUUGAGAGUGAUCUUUGUCAGGCUAAAAGUCUUCAUCUGUCAAAAGUGAAGUUUUGUGAUCUGAAAUUAAAAUGAAUUCAUCUCAAUCCA